AUGCCCUCUAAACUGGAAGAGUCGUACAUAGGUACAUGUGCAAAAGAAAUAAAAAACGAUCUAAAUGUGGAUGAAAAAAUGCAAAUGGAAAAAAAGUGUUCCCUAUUUUGGAAGUGUGAUUAUAAUUGUGUCCAAGAUUUUGAAAAUUACGUUUGUCCCAUCGAUUGGGUUAUGGAGAGGGAAGAACAGGAUGGUUAUUGUAGAUCCCCGGAUAGCUAUACAGGAAAAUGCAUACGAAAAAUAAAAUUUACUACUAUGAGCAGUAAGGAGAAGGCUAUUUACUCUAACUUGUGUGAUAUGAGAUGGCCAUGCAAAAAAAAAUGUGCUCAUGAUUACUCCGUUUUGUGUCCAAAGGGGUGGAUCGAAGGGGCAGAUGGAUAUUGCUUCGCCACAAGUAGCUACUCUGGAAAUUGCGAGAAAAAAAUUUACCUAAAGCACCUUGAUGAAGUGAUGAAACAGACAUACGAACAUAAGUGCCAAUUCAAUUAUCCAUGUGUUGAUUCGUGCGAAAAGAAUUACAGUGAUGUUUGUCCCAAUUUGUGGAUCCCCGUGAGCGAGAAGGAAUGCGCCCCCUCUGAAAAUUACAACGGUAGAUGUAGACAUAACUACAUUUUCAAAAGCAACAUUAUGGAGGAGGAAAAAAAAAACUUUGAAAAAAUGUGUCAUGUGUCCUACCCCUGUGUUAAGGAUUGUAAAAGAGAUUACUCCUUUAACUGCCCCAUUGGGUGGAAAGAAACGUUGAGCUUUUGCUUGGCUCCCACGUCGUAUCGAUACAGUUGUGAAAAGAUGAUGCGGAAAAAUAUGAGCGAGAGGGAAAAAAUCCAAGUUAGCGCCAAGUGCCUCGUCUUUUGGCCCUGCUCCAACUACGAAGUUCUCCUGAAGAACCUCCUGCACAGCAACAUCUCGCCGGCGGACUACUUCUCCGUCGUCAAUGGGCCCGUGGACGACGCCACCGGGGCGGUUAAGCGGGGAGGCGGUUAA